UAGCCCAAUGCACCGCUGUGCGUGUGAAUUAUUAUUAUUUUUUUCUUAUUGUCUUUUUAUUGUCUGUAUGGAACAGUUCAAAUGAUCGUGGAUUUGGGGUAGACCACUUUUGACAGCAUGAAACAAUCCGAAAUGCAAAGUUUAUUGUGCUUGUUUGUUUGCGUCUCUGUAUUGCCAGUCUCACAAUGCGCCCACAGCAGAUUUGCCCAGAAGCUCCUCAACAAUCUGUUUGACAACUACACGAGCGCUCUGAGGCCGGUGGAGGACACGGACGCCAUUCUGAACGUUACCCUGCAGGUCACGCUCUCGCACAUCAUCGACAUGGAUGAGCGAAACCAAAUCUUGACAGCCUACUUGUGGAUACGACAAGUGUGGCUGGACGCGCAUCUCCAAUGGAGUAAGGACGACUACGAUGGCCUGGAUACCAUCCGUAUACCGAGCAGUUAUGUAUGGAGGCCCGAUAUAGUCCUAUAUAACAAUGCCGACGACCACUUCACGGGCUCCAUGGACACCAACGUGGUGAUCCGCCACGACGGCCAGAUCAUGUGGGAUUCGCCGGCAAUCACCAAAAGCUCCUGCAAGGUGGACGUGUCCUUCUUUCCCUUUGAUGCGCAGCAGUGCAGGUUCACCUACGGCUCAUGGACCUACAACGGCAACCAGCUGGACAUCGUGAACGCCAUGGAGAGCGCCGACCUGGCCGACCUGGUGGACAACGUGGAGUGGGAAGUCCUGGGUAUGCCGGCCAAAAGGAACAUCGUUUUGUACGGCUGCUGCGCCGAACCUUACCCCGACGUCACCUACACGCUGAAACUCAAGAGGAGGGCGUCCUUCUACGUCUUCAACCUGCUGAUACCGUGCGUGAUGAUCUCCUUCCUGGCUCCGCUGGGCUUCUACCUGCCCGCAGACUCUGGAGAGAAAGUGUCUUUGGGCGUCACGGUGAUGCUGGCGCUGACCGUUUUUCAACUGCUGGUCGCCGAGAUUAUGCCACCGUCGGAGAAUGUCCCGCUCAUCGGAAAGUACUACAUUGCCACCAUGACCAUGAUCACGGCCUCCACCGCCUUGACCAUCUUCAUCAUGAACAUUCACCACUGCGGCCCGGACGCCAAGCCCGUCCCCAAGUGGGCCAAGAAGGUCAUUCUGCAGUACAUGGCUAGAAUGUGUUUUGUUUACGAGGUCGGGGACAACUGCAUGUCUUCCCGGUCGGAGAAGCGGGAACCUCGGCUGGUGACAAAGCGUAGCAUGAAUGGCUUGGCGGAUCGGACCUGCGCGACGGAGGCGCUUUUCCCCCUGAGCGCGGAGGAAAGCGAAGACCGAGAUGGGCUGAUGGGGAGCGGCGCAUCGGUCAGCUACCGUGACUCGAGCGGCAUGAGGAGAAGCCGGAAAGGCGGCGUGAGCGAGGCUCCCUGUGACAAGACGAAUCUGCUCUUGGCUAAUGUGGAGUACAUUGCCAACUGCUACAGGGAGCAGAGGGCCACUCAAAAGAAGACUGGCGAGUGGAAGAAGGUGGCCAAGGUACUGGACCGCUUCUUCAUGUGGUUGUUCUUCAUCAUGGUCUUCUUCAUGAGUCUUCUAAUCAUGGGCAAAGCCAUCUGACACAUUUCUGUGUGGAUGGUGAAGGGAACAUACCACGCGGCACCGCCCACUUUUACAACAUCAUCGUUCGAUUCAGAUGUAAAAGCCCAAAUGUUGACCUCUUCUCCUAUUUUGAUGAUUUGGCCUCCCUGUUGAGAAAAAAAUAAAAUCCUAUCCUAGUCU